CAACUGUCAAAAAUCAAAAACGCGUUUCAAACAAAUCAGUAAAUAGUAAAUGCAAACGUAUUUACUGAUGAAAAUCGUAUAAUCACUGUUUUGUUAGUCCAACAAGAUUCUGAAAUUUGAAAUGGAUGAUGAAAAAAUUAUAAGUGAUGAAGGUCAGUUAAUUCCUGGAGCUAUUGAAAAUGAAGAAGACGACGAUGAAGAAACUUAUUCGUCGGAUAUUUGUGAUGAAAUACUCAUUCCACAAAUUGAAUUACUUGAACAGAAACCGCUAUAUACAUGUGAUCUUUGUGACAAAACAUUUAUAAAAAAAUCCUAUUUGGAUCGACAUAAACGAGUGCAUACCAAAGAAAAACUAUUUUCAUGUGAUUUUUGUGAUAAAACAUUUAAUCAGCCAAGUACUUUAACUCAACAUAAAAGAACUCAUACUGACGUAAGACCGUAUGUGUGCCAUUUUUGUAAUAAAACAUUUAAUCGAAAAAUUAAUUUAGAUAUACAUAUACGAACUCAUACAGGUGAAAAACCGUUUUUAUGUGAUGUUUGUGAUCAGGCAUUUAUUAAAAAAUAUCAUUUAACACGGCAUCAACUAAUACAUACCGGUGAAAGGCCUUACGGAUGUGAUGUUUGUGAGAAGAGAUUUAUACGACGAGAUCAAUUAGUUUUACAUAUACGAACACAUACUGGUGAAAAACCAUAUUCAUGUGAUGUUUGUGAGAAAAAAUUUGCACGACGGGAUAAAUUAAUUCUACACCAACGAAUACAUAACAGAAACUAACGUAUUUCAAUCGGAAACGUGGAAACUAUAUUAGAUUGGACAUGAUUUCUGCAAAAAUGGUGGAAUAUGUAUA